AUGUCGCAACGCCCUGACCCCCCCAACAACAAAGGCAGCGAUGAUAACAUGAGAGCAGCCGCCUCGGUCUCUCGAGGGCAGAUAUCAUCGCAAGAACCAAGCCAUGUUGUCUUGGCAGAAGGAACUCGUCCCAGAAACACCAAAUCAUCACAGCGCAAAAGCCAGUCACGCCCCACCGACAUGGAGGAAUUGAGAACUCAAGCGCGGCGCUUGAAUGAGCAAGAUAAACUGGCAAAGCAGCGGGUGCGUGGUACCAAUGUUGAGGAUGUCGGAGCCAGGCGAGUGGCUCCCGUAGUGGAAGCCCCAUCCAGACAACCCUUUCCCAGUGCAAAGUUUGGUCGUACUCGCAAUCAGUUGGCUACCACGGCAAGAGCCCUUGUGGAAGAGGAUGCGUCCAGUCCUCCUCAAUCCUCUGUUUUGGAAAUUCCAGAUGCUCCCAAUGGAGGCGCUGUCUUGGAUCAGACAAUGAUUCAUAUGAAUAGAGAGGGAGUACAUGAUGCGCCCACUGAAGUUACCCCACAACAACCAUCGCCCAAUCCAAGUACUACACCAGCCCAUGACAACACCGGGAACAUUGACCAUCCACCAGUAGAAGCCCAUCUAGUACAAGCAAGAUUGGUAACACAACACGACGAUCCUGAGCAACAGCGCGGCAAUGACAUUAGCAUUCAAGAAGCGCAAAUAGUAGAAGAGCAAAAGAACUUUUGUGUCCCCCGCGGCACAGGGUCAAAGAUUUUUUGCAUUGCUAUUCUGGUCAUUGUUGUGGCUGCUGGAAUCGCCGUGCUUGCCAUUUUCUGUAGUGGCGGUAGCUGCAGCGCUGGUGGCAGCAGUACGACGCAAUCUCCAGCUACUAUGCCAUUCCCAACGGUGACUGGCAUUAUUUCACCUGCUCCAACAGCGGCGCCCGAGCCCAAAUCCCUGCAGCCAUCCGUAUCCAAGACACCAACUGUUGUACCAUCGAUUCACCCGACAAUCUCCCCAACGGUGUCAGCCUUCCCCACUUUUCAAACGAAUCGAACUGUGGCUGAAAGCUUUGAAGUGAAAUUAUCACUCAUGGCACCAUCGGGGGCCGGUUUUAUGAAUGCAUCUCAGGAAGACGAGUUUUGUGCUAGAAUGGAAGGGCUGACUGGGGUCUUUGCACCUGAUGCUGUGGAUCGAGUGGUCUCAGAGUGUACAUUCUUUGGGGAAAGCUCCAUCGUGGAACCAAUCACUGUCACAUUGGCGCCAACGCACGGAUUCCAGAGACAUUUGAAGAUGGCCAUCCCGGAACUGAACAGCAGCCGCAAUGCCACGAAUGCGGCAAUGUACCACAGACGUAAUGCUACCCGAGCACAAAAAUUGAAACGUUGGAUGCGCAAGAGCAACAAUGCCACUAAAACCAACCUGCCACACUUUUUGGCACCCGUGCAAGGACAGAAUCGUAGAGCCCAAGAAUGGCUGGACGGAUCAAUCAAGCAAACGUACAUUUACCCUUUUCGAAUGAAGUAUUCAUCAGCAACCGAGGAUGUGGCGAACUUCACCUCAAUGUUUCUCUACUCGUUGAUCGAUAGUGCUGCAUGGUUCAAUGCAAUGUUGACAGAAAUUCUGCAUUUGAACGCCACCAAUGAGCUACAGAUCCAAGAGGUACAAUCGUUCCUUAUCUUGUCAUCAGCGCCGACAUUCCUUCCCACCCUCGAACCAACCCAAGAGCAAUGA